UCUGUUUGUUUCUCUUUCUAAAAGCGGCUGGCGCCGGGCUUCUUUUUUGCCCUUUCCGAUCUAAACCCUAGUUACAGGAGAAAAGAAAGAGACAGAACAAAUGCCGAGGGAAUCAUAACACUCCAGUGGGACAAUGCGGGAACCAGAUCGGAAUGGAGUUUUGGAACAGCUUUGCCUCGAACACGGCAUCAGCAAAGAAGGCAUCCUUGAAGAUUUCGCUACCCAGGGAGGUGAUAGGAAAGAUGUCUUCUUCUACCAAGCGGACGAUCAACAUUAUAUUCCACGUGCUUUACACAUAGAUUUGGAACCUAGGGUAAUUAUGGAAUUCAAAAAAGUGAAUUCAAAAAUCUCUACAAUCACCGAAAACAUAUUUGUUUCUGAUCAUGGUGGAGGUGCUGGAAACACUGGGCCAGUGGAUAUCAUCAGGUGGUUGUAUAAAUCAUAGAGGCUUGGACCUUUACACUUUUGUAGAUCCUAUUCGAAUAGUUUUCAAGUAACAUUAAGAAAUAAUUAUGGUCUUCUGCACAUUAUUCUAAUUAACAUGUCCAUAUCAUUGUGUUGUUAGAAAUAUGA